AUGGCUUUUAGAUUUAUUACUAUUCCCCUAAAGAAGCCAGCGGCUCCUGGGGCGAACUCUGAUGUCGACUUGAAGAGCUCACCCUCAGACCUGAAGACGGAUCUGCAGACAAAGCGUUCUUCAUGCAUUUCAAAGUUAGAGGAUAUGCGCGUUGCGUUUGAGAAGGGAGGCAAAUACAUGGACAAUCGGUGGAGAACUGCCGAAGGGAGAGAAGGGUUGAUUAAUGAUGUGGUAGGUGCUGUGAGUCUGUAUACAACGGAAUUAGCUGCAGCUUUGUACAAGUAUCCUGUAUUUGCUUAUGGGUAUUUCUACUGUUGGAAUUCUCCUUUGGUAAAUGAAGAUCGUGUCUUUUUUGAUGAUUUCCGUUAUGAUUUGCAGUGUAUGUACUUCAAUAUUGCGGCCAUUCUGAUGAACAUUUCGGAAUAUCUUCUCUGUUCCCAAGAAGCUAUUGGUAACGCUUCCGUGAUAGAAAAAGAGUGUUAUCAUUUUCUUUUACAGGCUGCCGGCUACUUUAUGCUUGUAAAGGACAUUGCCGAUGAUAUGAAGUCCUAUUUUGUGGGGACAACAAAACUUGCUCCACCAGAAGAUCUUACACCCGUGUUUUUGGACUUCUUCCACCUUAUUGCUUUGGCUCAGGCACAAGAAAUUGGGACAACGAAGGCUGUUGAAAAUGAGGUAAAAGGUGGGAAAGUUCUUGUAGCAAAAUUGUCGCAUCAGGUUUUUAAACUGUAUGAUGAAGCUCGGAUUAGUGCGGAAAAAAAAAUCAAGUCAUGUGCCAAAGGGUAUAUAGACGUGCUAACGUUAGUACGGAUAAAGGCUGAUGUUUUUCGGGCUCUUACAUAUUGUCACACAGCCUCCAGUGUGUUUGACAGUGAUCCUAGUGAAGGUUUAUGGUUUGUUUCACAAUCAGAUGUGUUAGCAAAAAUUGUGUUAAAUCAUCGUGAUCAGGCUAGAACGAAAAAGAAAAAAAUACCUUUUCGAGGGGAUGAUCUUAUUCAGUGCUGUUAUGAUAUUGUGCGAAGAAAUUCUGAGCGAUGCACAAAGAUCAAUUCUUUGGUAUAUCGAGCGAAGGCCGCUAACGGACCAUUAUCUCUUCCUCCGCCAGCUGUACUGGCUCAGAAAAGGGACUUAAGACUCCCAGCCGUGUUUCCUCAUCAAGUGGUUGGAAAUGCACCAAUUCCGGAUGUGGAAGUUCAAGAUUCUGAAGCGCCGGCUGCGGAAAACACGCCUUGA